AUGGUCAAGCAGAAGCUGCGCCUCGUUGGUAGAUUUUUUCUUUCCGUUCGACAGCUUGAUAAAUCGAAGACUAUCAAAACGCUGUCGGAUGUAUAUCAUCCUCGCCAUUACGAUAUCUCCAUAGAAGCUGUGAGAGACGUUGCAGGAUAUGACCCAGAGCUAAGAACGUUCAGAAGUCCAUCAGUAGCCUCGAACCUUGGUACUCUAUUGAAAUAUAUUGGUACAAUACUGAGAUCUGAGUGUAUAAAGAAGGAAAUGUCAGUAGAGCAGAGGAAAACUGAGGAUUUUAUGAAGUUAUUAGAGGAAGAUUUCGGUACGAGUAUUAACAGAGAAGUAGCUGAAACACAAACUCAAAAUAAUCGUCGAAAGGAAGUUAUUCUACCCAGCACUGAUGACAUAAAGAAAUUUCAUACUUAUAUUAAAUGCGAAAGAUCGGAGCAUUUCAAUCAACUCACUCAGGCGUACUCAUUUGAAGCGUGGAAGAAUCUUGGAAAAAUGACAUUACUGUCACUGCAAAUCUUUAAUCGUCGCCGACCAGGGGAGAUAGAACGGUUGUAUCUUGAAGAUUUUCAGAGUUAUCGUUCUCUUGAUCACACAGCAAACAAAGAAGCCUACAAUGCCUUGAGUGAAGAAGGUAAGAAACUCGCUCGAAAGUAUGUGAGAUUUGAGAUCCGUGGCAAGCUUGGUCGAGGUGUACCUGUACUUGUUGACAAUGACGUUCUGAACUGCUUGAAUCUUCUCAUUGAGCACAGAGAAAGAGCAGGUGUUCCACCGGAUAAUCGGUAUUUGUUUGGCCUACCAUCUUCAGAUAAAGAUCGUCUUCGCUAUCAUCGUGCCUGUGAACUCAUGAGGGAAUACUCAACUAAAUGUCGAGCUGAAAACCCCCAGACUCUGCGUGCCACUCAGUUGAGGAAACACAUUGCGACGAGAUGUAUCAAUCUGAAUCUCACAGAUGGUCAGGUGACAGACCUAGCAAACUUCAUGGGUCAUCACGAGAAGAUCCACAAAGAGAUCUAUCGUCAGCCGGUAUUGGAGACCGAUAUCGUGAAAAUUUCCAAGCUGCUCAAAACUGCUCAAGGUUGUGAUGAAUCUGAUGAUUCUGAAAACGAAGGUGUAAUUGACGGAAGUUCAUUCCAAAGGAAUGUCUCAACGGUGGAAUUUGAUGAACCGAGUACUUCCCGCACUAGUUCCGGUAGUAAAUUCAAUAAAUCUCUGAUACAAUCCGACCUUCAACCUUCGACAUCCAAACGAUGGAGUGAGCAAGAACGUAGUACAGUCUUAUCAGCAUUCAACAAACACUUGACAGCAGGUAAAAUGCCGUCAGGUGCCGAGAUGCAGAGUCUGAUUGAUUCAAAUACUUGUCUGAAACUACGAACUGUCCCUCAGUUGAGAACAUGGUUACACACCCAAAAGAAGAAAAUGUCCAAGAAAUGA